CUGCCCCCCCCCCCCCACACACACACACACCGACAAAACACCGAUAUGGGGCAAGGCAAAACUGGAGGAAAAGUUAUCAACUCGGCAAAAGUCGGUCAGCCAGCCAGCCACUCGAGUCACAUCGCCCGUACGUACCGCACACACACGUGCGUACCUUAAUUCCCCCGUUCGUCCCUCUCUCUGCGUAGCGUGCCUUCGCCCAUCCAUCCAUUCGAUCCAGCACACGUCCAUUGCAUGCACCAUUUAUGCAUCCAUCCCGUCAGUCAGUCAUUCAUUCAGGUCGACAUCGCAUGGACAGACAUCGCAUGGACAGACAGACAACCAGCACACAAUUAAGCCGCACUGCACUCACCCCACCACAACAAAGGAAGGCGUGGGGCGGGGUGGGCAGGUAGGCAGUCCGCAUGACCCAGUCAGUCACCGUCACCAUAUGUACACAUCUUAUGAUCACAUCUACACGCACCGCACCGCACCGCACCGCUUUGGCAUGGCAUGCACCCAAGUCCCAACUGUCCACCCAUUCAUCCAUCCAUUCAUCCACCUCCCUCACUGCAAGGCCGCGGCCGCAGAAAAUGGCAGCAAGCCCACCAGCUCCUCCAGCACGCUCCACGCUGUGCGGUAGGACGCCCCAGAACGACCGCCAGCAGACAAAGAGGCCUUCUCCCACAGGUCCGGCCCCUCUUGCUGGCCGACGCGUGUGAGUAUGCUGUGGUCCAGCAGCAGAGAGCAGGUCCACCCGCCCACCACAAAGCAAUGGAAAAUCUCGUGGUAGCCGAAGACGGACGCUGUUGACAGACACAGACACAGAGAGAGAGGUCAAUCAAUACCCACGCCUACUGAUUUCUGUGGAUGCACAUCCCUUUCUCCCUCCCGCACUCACGGUAGGGGUUCGGCCGCCUCCUGCUGUAGACCACGGCGCCCAGCAAAUGAAAGGCGGCGAUGCCCAGGACGCACCCAAGCUCAUAGACAGUCGUCACGCGCGCAAUCUCGGGCAGGAAGAGACCCCAGGUGGCGCCCAUGAGCACAAACACGCGCGACCGCCACCGCCUGAAGCUCUCGUACGUGGCCAUGCAGACGGUCUCCGGGAAGAGGAUGCCGCUGAAGAUGGCCACGCCGCCGAGCGUUACGAACGACGUGUGGACGACCAUCGAUGCGACCCGGUUGAAUGGCGAGAACAGGAGAAAGUUGAGAGGAAAAGCCGAGCCGGCAAUGGCGAUGAAGAUGCCCAGGUAGUCGAGCUUGUUGACGGUGCGAUUGGCCCGGGGGCUCCACCUGAAGGCUACGUUGUGGAAGAGCGCCGACACGGACGCGUUGUAGAGAAUCGAGAGGCACGCCACCGAGGCCGCGAAAUAGGCCUCCGUGUGCACCGUGGCCGCCGGCGUCGUCAAUAAACUCCCCGACCAGAGCGGCGUCAGAAUCACCAUCAGCAGGUGCAGCUUGCCCCUCAGCAGCGGCCGCACGCCGCCCCAGGGGUCCUUGCUGUGUGCAGCGAGGAACCUGAAGACCGACCGGCCGUACGAGCGCAACAUCUCGAUGGGGUUGCAGGGGCCAGGCGGCGCAGACGAUGCCGUAUCAGACUUGUUGGCGCUGUCUGCACACUGCGACCGCCGCUGAGAAGCCAUGGGUAUAGGUAUAGGUAUCUUCUUCUUUCGCCUGGGC